GAUUCGUAUGGUGGCUCGGUUGAGAACCGGUGCCGAUUCAUUCUGGAGGUGUCCGAUGCUUUGGCCGAAGUUUUUCGGUCCCGAGUUGGUAUGUAUCAAAAUCUGUCCCACCGACCAGACAAACGACUCUGUGGUCACUUAUGAAGAAAUGAAGGAUGUCUACACAUACCUCAUCAGAGAGCUUGUCAAAAGGCGGGUUGGCAUCAUCAACCUUUCUCGACGCGGCGCAAGCCAUAGAAGAGGAACAGGAGACUUCUUCGGGAACACUACGAGGCCGGGUGAUUUCCCUCUACCCUUGGGUUAUGGUCCGGUCAUGGACUUCGGACCUUUAGUCAAGUUUCCUAAUAGUCCUUCGAAGCUUAUGGCCAACUACGAUUAUACGGUCGACGAAGCAGAUCGUCUAGUCAGGGAUGGCAAGUUGGAUUUGAUCACAUUUGGCCGGCCUUUCAUUUACAACCCAGUGAGUGUCACAUUCAGCGUGUAUUGGAAGCUUCAUUCUAAUUUUACUCCAGGAUGUGAUCUUUCGAAUCCAACAUAGCAUUCCUGUGGGCAGUACACACUGCACAUCUGGACCAACGAGGCAAGCAAUGAGGC